CUCUCUUCCUUUCUUCCUCUUCUCUCUUCCUUCCCUCUUUCCUCGUCUUCCCGACGUAAUCAAACCCGUCUGAGUGAGUCUUUCCUGCCCCUCCUCUUUGCCAACACCCAACCUUACCCUACCAAAAUACCUCUCCUCUAUUUGACUGGAUUUAAUUUCUCCUAUAUACUCUCUGUUCUUAUAUCUACCUUCUUUCCCUUCUUUUUCUUGUGAACUCGUUCUCCUCGACUGUUGACCCUGUCUCCUUUUACUGACUGUGUUGGUGCUUAAGCAGUUUUCCCACCUUCAAAUUCAAUACCCGCCUUUCUCUCCCCCUCCCCUCUUUCGACGCUUCAUUCAGGGGUCUUUCCUCCACUCUUUUCCAGAUCACAACAUGGCUCUCAAGCGUAUCAACAAGGAACUCACUGAUCUCGGCCGGGACCCCCCCUCUUCCUGCUCUGCUGGUCCUACCGGAGAUGACCUGUUCCACUGGCAAGCAACUAUCAUGGGUCCUGGUGACUCCCCAUACUCGGGAGGCGUUUUCUUCUUGAACAUUCACUUCCCCACCGACUACCCAUUCAAGCCCCCGAAGGUCAAUUUCACCACCCGCAUCUACCACCCCAACAUCAAUUCGAACGGCAGCAUCUGUCUUGACAUUCUCAGAGACCAAUGGAGCCCUGCUCUUACGAUCUCCAAGGUGCUACUUUCGAUUUGCUCGAUGCUCACCGACCCCAACCCUGACGAUCCGUUGGUGCCCGAGAUUGCUCACGUGUACAAGACCGACCGCCCUCGGUACGAGGCGACCGCGCGUGAAUGGACUCGCAAAUACGCUAUCUGAUCUUCGCAAUUCAAGUUUCCACGGCCACCUUGGUCUUCCCACUCGCUUCUGCGUCUUCUUUCCAAAUCGUUAGAUCAGAUCCGAAGCCUGGCGUACCGUGAUCGUAGAUCCUUUCUCUGUUUUCAGUUUGCGCGUCUGAUUCCCCUUUACCUCAAACCCCUUAUUACACUUUCUCUUGGCGGGAAAUGUCAUAUUCAACGAUCAUUAUGACCAAUUCUCAUUAUGCAUUCAUGGCAUUUUUUUAUUUUUCCUGAAUGGAGUCGGAUCCCAUGCUACAAUGUUGAACAUUAAACCCUAGGCUGUUUUCCUCGGGUCGGG